GUUGGAUCUCAGUGGAGAAGUCCCGCUGCCCUGCUUCUUCACCGCUCCAUAUAGACACGCCUAAAAUCUACACACACACAUAUAUAUUUAAAAAAAACAUUAAAUAUAACUAACAGUCAAAAGAAAAAGGAGAGAAAGAAGGGAAACAUUACUGGGUUACUAUGCACUUGCGACUGAUUUCUUGGUUUUUCAUCAUUUUGAACUUUAUGGAAUACAUUGGCAGCCAAAACGCCUCCCGGGGAAGGCGCCAGCGAAGAAUGCAUCCUAACGUCAGCCAAGGCUGCCAAGGAGGCUGUGCGACGUGUUCAGAUUACAAUGGAUGUUUGUCAUGUAAGCCCAGACUAUUUUUUGUUCUGGAAAGAAUUGGCAUGAAACAGAUAGGAGUGUGUCUCUCUUCAUGUCCAAGUGGAUAUUACGGAACUCGAUAUCCAGAUAUAAAUAAGUGUACAAUGCACUGUGAGGCCAGUGACUGGGGUCCUUGGAGUCCAUGCAUGAAGAAAGGAAAAACGUGUGGCUUCAAAAGAGGGACCGAAACACGGGUUCGAGAAAUACUACAGCAUCCUUCAGCCAAGGGUAACCUGUGUCCUCCAACCAGUGAGACAAGAACGUGUAUAGUACAAAGAAAGAAGUGCUCGAAGGGAGAGCGAGGAAAAAAAGGAAGGGAGAGAAAACGAAAAAAACUCAAUAAAGAGGAAAAAAAGGAAACAAGCUCUGACAGCAAAGGUUUGGAGUCCAGCAGAGAGACCCCAGAGCAGCGGGAAAACAAAGACAGACAGCAGCAGCAGAAGAGAAAAGCCCAAGAGAAACAACAGAAAUCGGUAUCAAUCAGCACUGUACACUAGAGGGUCCUGUGAGGUGAUUGUAGACUCAUGAUGCUGCUAUCUCAACCAGAUGCCCAGGACAGGUGUUCUAGCCAUUAGGACCACAAACGGACAACACAUCAGUUACCGCUCUGUCUAAACAACAUUCCGAAUAGUUGCUAUAUUCUUCAUACAAGCAUAGUUAACAGCAAAGAGCCAAACGUUCAAAGAAGGGAUACUUUCAGAUGGUUAUCUUAUGUGCUUCUGUGUAUUUUUAAAAGAUGAGAAAAUCUGUACAUAAUUAUCAAUAACCUAUAAGCUAUCCUCAAUGUAAUGAUGACACCCAGAGAAGAAACAUCUUUUCCCUAUAAAAAUUGUUCUUCAAGUAAUUGUCUUUAAGAAGCAAAAGAUAAUUCUGCAACUUCAAAGAAACAGUGUCCCUCAAAACAAAGGUCAGGGGAGAGAAACAUCGCUCCAAGAACAGGGUGGAUUUGUCCAGGAGAUCUAGUGAAUGGUCAGAAUUAAGGCCUGGCAUGUGGAAUCCUAGAGUUAAACAUCAAAGAAGCAAGUGUUGCUUUGUUUUUGUUUUUGUUUUUAAGAUUACUUCUAUUGUCCUCAUCCUGUACUUCUGCAAGAAACUGAGUGUGCAUAACAGAGUUAAAUAUACUGUGUGGGAUUGAAGUAAGGCAAACUGUGGAAGAAAUCAUAGAACUGGAGAUCGUCUGUGCUUUCCAGACUGGGAAGGGUUGUGAUUACCUGGAACAGGUCUCCAAUCUAUCUUAGCGCUGUGUGGUUGAUCGUCUGCUACACCUCGGUUUAUAUAAGUCUGUAAACAUGUACCUGUAACUUUCUUCCAAAAGCAAAACCAUACAUAUUAGAAGAAAAUUCUGACUUUAUAGAAAACAAAAGCUAGAGUGAGGAGAAUGUGACAUGUUUGCAAAAGUGUGUUUUCUUUCUUAAUGAAGGGAAAACAAUUUUAUUACCUGCUUAAGGGUCCAUCUGGAACUAAAGGGAUACUACUUUCUAACAAGGUGUAUCUAGUAGGGGAGAAAGCCACCACAAUAAAUAUAUUUGUUAAUAGUUUCUAAAGUUUGGUUCACUUUGUUUUGUUGGGUAAGAGUUAGAGACUCAAGAACUAGGAAGAAGAAAUCUGCUCCAUGGGCGACCUGUGUCUUACAAAUGUAUAUGACAGUUUCAGUGUUUCCUCCUUCAAUGCCCCAUUACCUGAACCAAUGGAAACUUGCUUAUGCAAUGCUAGGGGAUAUUUAUUAUUUUUCCUACUUUAAUAAAAAAAUCUAUUAUGGGACAUAAGCCUACCUAAAUGA